UAUUAGUGUACUGUCACUGCCGUGUGCUGUGCUGCUCUCAGUCGAGCUGUGCUCCUUUCUCUGGUGACUCAAAUAUUAUCAGUUUUUGGCUUUGAGGGUUUUAAGUCGUCAAACAUCAUAAAAAGAAUUUGAAUCCUCUGAAAUCCUUCUCUUGUGAAUUUGUGUGCGAAGCUUAACACUAACACUCAUCCCUCUAAUACAUUUGAUAUCACAAAAUGACACCCUUUAUGAAUACCAUACCGUUCAGAAAUCUUAAUAGAAGUAAAAAUGGAAUCCCAUUUAUCAGUUUGACUGCUGACCUUUCAAGCUUAACUCCCAUUGUUUGUGUUUGCUGUCCUUCCUGUGCAGAGUUCUCCUACUCCAACAUGUGUGUGCACAAGGCGCUGCAGAAGCUGAAGGAGAACGUGGACCUGGAGCACCAGUGCGGCUACAUCACCAUGCUCAAUGCCAACAACAGGCACCGCCGCAGGGCCAGCGACAGUGCUGAGUGCAGAGGGGACACCCAUCUAGGUGGAGGCCUGGACAACAACGGCAGCACCGAGUCCUUUGAGCUCGUGACGGAAGAAAACAACGGGGAAAUCAAAUUAAAGACAGAAACCCUUUCAUCCGAAGAUGAGUGGGUCCCUCUUGAACUGUGCUUCGGCAUGCCCCUCUUCAGCUCCGAGCUAAACCGCAAAGUGUGUCGAAAAAUCGCCUCACACAAACUCUGCAGCAACGAAAGCCUUCAAGAGCUACUUCACUCGAGCCGAAAGCUUUCGCUGAAGGUGUUGAGCUUCGUGCAGUCAUUCCAGGACGGCAUGCAGCCCUCUGACCUGGACAGCGGCGUGUCGAACCCUCUCAGUCAGCCCCCAGCGGAGUCUGGUGUCCCCCUACCCGCCCUCAACCUCUUCUUCAAGGACGGGCAGCUGAAGGAGUGGAGCGGACGGGCCCCUCCUCCUCUGGAUAUCACAGCUCUGCAGAAGGACCAACCCACAUAAGCCACCCCCCCCUCAAAACUUCCAGUCUUGGUCACAAGUCAAAAAAAACGUCACCUCAUCGAAAAGGACCACCCUCUCACUGAGGAAAUUGUUAUUCGAGGUCCAACCCUGCAUCUUGUCUAUCAGUAUCCAGUCAUGGGAACAUGAGCCGCAGCACUUCAUUCACCUACUGUAUGAGGAAUCAUCCUUCUGACUGUGUCGCCAACACUAGUUCAAACCCCCGUCGCUGUUCCCCUCCGUGAUUCCUCAUAUUCGUAGCAAGGCAGUGUUAUCUGUUGGGAGUGGUGCUAUUAUCACAGUAUACAACAGUGAUGCCGGUAAACAGCAUAUAACCUGGAAGAUCCCCCCCCCCCCCCCCCCCCCCCGCCCUACCCUUCAAUCAAUGGAUGUUCUGUGAGAGCGGAGUGUGAAGUGGUUAAUAGUUGUAUAGAUGUUCUCAAACCCAUGACCCACAAAAUAAACAAUGGAGUGUUGAACAGACACUUUCAGGAAUCAUUCGACAAUAUGCAUAUUUCAGGACCAAGUUUUUGGACUUAUCCGACGGAGUCCAGACACAGACCCCGCUGCCUCCCUGUGUUGUCUCACGUUAAGUGAUCUCAUGCAUGAUACUGUUGCACUACUCCCUGCCAUAAAAUAAUACUUUCCUCUUUACUUGUAAUUAAUAUUGGGGGGCAUUUAUUAUUUGCACUGUGCAGGAUUUGUCUAAACCUGUGGAUGAAGUAAUGUCAUGUAGUUUUCUUCUUUUUAAACCUUGGAUCUCUUGCAGUGUGCACCUGGUUUUAGAGUUUACCACAAGAAAGUGUUUCCUCUUGGAAAUUGACUGGGCAUCAGAGAAACGGCAGUUUUUUUUUAUUCUUUGUUAUCAUUUCUCAGUACAACAAAACACCAAAGACCAUUUUCUUUUCCUAUAAAAUCAUUUUUUUAUCUUCUGUUUUUUUGAAUUUAUUAUUCUGCUGCCUUAUCACUGUCAGCCAAUCAAAAACAACCAUGUUUUGAUUAUGUUUAGGUUUUUUUCCUCUUUUUUUUUUUUUUAGAUUUACAAAUGAUUUAUUUGCAUUUGAAUGAUUGCCUAUAAAUGAUAAAAUCAACCACAUUGGGCCAACCAUCGGCACUCUGAAGUAUUUCGACAAGAUUAACCAAGUGUACGUAAUUGCGUAGAAUGGGAACAGUCAGGUCUGUGUGUUUGACCCAGGCCUGGUGACAUUGUUUCCUGCCAGUAUUUCUCCCUGGAUCAACUCCAGGUUUGUGUGCAGGGCGCUCUUGGCCAGCCCACAACAUUCUCCAAGGGAUUCUGUUUACACCAUGUUUAGAAAAAUAGGGUUUGUAGUCUAGAGGGAAGAAGGCAGUCAUAGACUCCUGGGAUGCAAAUGCAAAUGCUUUGCCCAGCAUAUCAGAGAUGUGAUGGCCCAAAAAUUGUCUGAAGUCUGUCAUGAAUUUUUAGUGUGGCUCCGAUAAUCUAGAGUACUUUUUAUUGCAUUUACAAUGUCAACCUUUUUUUUUUUUUUUUUUUUUGAAGGAAUCCGUCUCCUGCAGUUUUUGACCCAUUUGUGGUUGUUGUUUCUAAUAUCGUGAUGCUGACAUAGAAAAGAAGACACAAGGUCCCGUUGAAGCAUGAUGACUGUGUAGAAACCGUUGUGUGUAUGUUGUGUAUGCGCGUGUAUUGUACACCUCACUCUUGGUGUGUUUUCACACAAUCUUACCUUUCACAAUAACAGCCCCCGUCUACCUGCCUGUCCGUUAUCUAGUUGCAGUUGCUCGGCCAUCUCACUUAUGCCCCGUCCUCCCCCAGGUAUACAUCUACUACGGUGUUUAAAAUUAAAAAAAAUGCUAGUUUUAUAUGUUGGCCUAUAUUUUAGGAAAUCUUUGUUGUAGCUUGUUUAAUGGGACUGUGAAUACCAAUGACUGAGUUAAUGAUGAUGCUCUUGUAAUUAAAUGGAUAAAAAAAAAAAAGAAUGACAUUCCUUCAACAUGCCCUUCCUCCAUCCCUGCUCCAUCUCCCCUCUGCUCCAGAUACAUGUUAUUAUUACAAAUAAAUAUGUAAAAAGUAUAUGAACAUAUAA